GCGCACGCAAUCCUUCUUAACUACUACUGGCGGCCAAGCUUAAGCCAGCUCCUCCCAGCACCGACGGCGACGCGCGGCGGCGAGCGACGGCGAUGGAGGCGAGGCCGUGGCUGCUCCGGUCGCUGCCGGUGGCGGCGAUGGUGGCGAUCGAGUGCCUCGACGUGGGCCUGACGACGCUGAGCAAGGCGGCCAUGUCCAGAGGGAUGAGCCGCUUCGUCUUCCUCGUCUACUCCAACGCCCUCGCCUCCCUCCUCCUCCUCCCUGUCUCCAUCAUCCAAAGGGAGAAGAGGCCCCCGCUUACCUUCUCGGUGCUCUGCAAGUUCUUCUUCCUUGCGCUGGUCGGGAUAACGACGAUGCAGAAUUGCGUAUUCGCUGGAGUGAGCUAUAGUUCGCCCACGCUCGCUUCUGCUAUGGGGAAUUUAGUACCCGCUUUCACCUUUUUGCUGGCGGUUAGCUUCAGGAUUGAAAAAUUGAACUUGAGGAGCUCGAGAAGCCAAAUCAAAAUUCUUGGCACCAUGGUGUCCAUUUGCGGAGCCUUAAUCGUGACGCUGUAUAAAGGUCCUGUAAUAGGUGGUGGCAUAUCUGCUAUUCCUUACCCUGAUGAGAGCUUACCAACAACACAACCCAGCAAAGCUUUGUUGGCUGGUGUCCCUAAUUGGGUUAUCGGUGGCAUGUUCCUGGCAGCCGCUAGUUUAUCUUUGGCAACAUGGAAUACGGCUCAGGCAGCAGUUCUGAAAUCGUAUCCAUCAGAGGUGACUUUGGUCUCCUUCUGUUGCUUCUUUGGGACUCUUCAAUCUGCAGUAGUUGCUCUAAUUGCAGAAAGAGAUCUAAAAGCUUGGAAACUAGGGCUCAGUAUUGAGGUCAUUGCAGUCAUCUACACAGCGAUAGUUGGGAAUGUGGUGACCUUUUGCGUUUGUUCCUGGUGCAUACACAAGAAAGGUCCUACUUUUGUGGCAAUGUUUAAACCCUUAAGCAUUGGUAUAGCUGCCAUAAUGGGUGCCAUUUUCCUUGGUGAUGCCCUCCAUGUCGGCAGUGUCGUUGGAGCUGUUGUAAUUGUGGCUGGCUUUUAUGGGGUUAUUUGGGCAAUGUCUCAAGAAGAAGAGGAUGGUAGAAAUUGCACAAGUGGUGAGCUGCAAUCACCUUCCCAGAAAACCCCGUUACUUGAGAGCCACGUGAAUAUAAAUUAAGCUGGUUAGUUUCUUUUCUUUAAGAUUUUUCCUCCAUGUAUGCCGACUUGUGCAAAAUAUUCAAAAUUAUGUGCAAUAAUUAUCUUAGAUCGCAGUACUAGUUCUACUAUCAAGAAGGCGUGCACAUGCAAUGGGGCUGUCCUUAGUACAAGUGUUGACAAGUGGUCAGCUAUUCAUAAAAGCAAUCUUAGAUCGCAGUAUUAGUUCUACUAUCAAGAAGGCGUGCACAUGCAAUAGGGCUGUCCUCAGUACAAGUGUUGACAAGUGGUCAGCUAUUCAUAAAAGCAAUGACCUCAAUCUAGUCUAGGAAUGACCUUGUCCCUCCGUUGGUCCAGAUAGAACUGGCUAGUGCAUUGUGAAGUUGUACUUAUGCAUAUAGAAAAUUGCGAUGUUGCUUUUGUUUUCCCUGAUGAUUGUAAUGCUUUCUAUAAUAAGAAAGGUGGACUGGGCCUUGAUCUUCCUAUUCAUCUUGUAUGAGUUAUUCACGAGCAUAUAGUGAAAAAUGGUGUCCGUAUGUAUUCUGGGGCUCCAGGACGCUUUUCUGUA